AAAGGCCAGUGCAGUCCUACUCCUGCUUACCAGGCUAAUUUGGCCCAGCAUUGUGAAAACAGCUGCCAGAAGCCUGUGCUGAAGGGUCAUCUCCCCUGCCACCAUCUCUGUGUUCUACAGGAGACUUCAUCAGUCAUUUCUGGAGGAAAGAGCAAGAACCAUGCUGCUGUUUCCAUCGUUCUCUGUCCUUCUCCUGUGUGUGGCGAGAGCAUCCUGCUCAGAAACAAAAGCCUGUGAAGAAAACCAGAAGGCCUGUUCUGUGAUCACCUGCGGCAUCCCUGUCACUAAUGGCACCCCAGGCAGAGACGGACGAGAUGGACCCAAGGGGGAGAAGGGAGACCCAGGUCAAGGGCUCAGAGGUCUGCAGGGGCCUCCAGGGAAGUUGGGGCCUCCAGGGAAAACAGGGAAUCCUGGACCCACAGGAUUCAAAGGCCAAAAAGGAGAGCGUGGAGACAGUUUCGUUGCUGAGAGUAAGCUGGCUAACCUAGAGGGUGAAAUCAGAAACUUGAGAUCAGAACUGGACCACAUCAAAAAGUUGCAAGACUUCUCUUUGGGCAAAAAGUCUGGGAAGAAGUUCUAUGUGACCAAUGGUGAAAAGAUGACUUUUGCCAAGGUGAAGGAUCUAUGUACAGAGCUCAGGGCCACUGUGGCCACCCCCAGGAAUGCUGAAGAGAACAAAGCUAUCCAAGAGGUGGCCAAUGACAAUGUCUUCCUGGGCAUCACAGAUGAGGCGACGGAAGGCCAGUUCAUGUACGUGACAGGAGGGAGGCUGGCCUAUAGCAACUGGAAGACAAAUGAGCCUAAUGACUAUGGCAAGGGGGAGGACUGUGUGCUUAUGCUGACGGAUGGAGUCUGGAAUGAUGUCUCUUGCACUGCUGCCUUCCUGGCAGUAUGUGAGUUCUCAGCCUGAAGCUGCUCUUGCCUUGGUCCUUAGUCCCCUUCAUGGCUUUUUGCUGACCUCUCUGGUGCUUCAAAAGAGAAUUUAAUACUACUUUUCCCCUUGCCUAGUGUUAAGCUAUUCCUUUGUUGUGGGUAUGGAGGGGACAUAUUUAUCCCAGGGAUGAGGAAGUGAAGAGAAGGUGAUAAUGGGGUGCAGGUAUCUGUCAGCCCAGAGGAAAGUCACACUGCUUUUGCUAGGAGCACAGUCCUGAGCCAAGGAAAAACACUUUGUAGUUAAUAAGUGCUUGAUGAAUAUUUGUUGAAUGGAUAUAUUAAAAAAUUACAAAUGGAUGAACUUAUUGUCCACUGA